AUGUGUUUAAAAGUAAGUUUUAAAAUUCUACCAUCUUUAUUUUUGGUUUUUACUGUUUUAUCUCUAAUGUUCGUUUUUAGACAACAGCUUCUUUUGGAGCUGCAGAUUUAGCAGCCUUUAACACAAUAUCGAAUGGAAACGAUAAUGGAUUUAUGCCAAAUAUAGUUCUCAUGGAACAAAAUCUUAAUGUAUAUAUUGCAGCAGAUAAUGAACAUGUUUGCUUGAAAAGUAAGUUUGUAUUUGUUAAGUCAUUCAUGUUUUAGGAGACGAUACCUUGAUCCUGAUGUUGCCUUUCUCCGAGUACGAGUUUAUACCUCUGAACAACAAUUUGAUUUCAAUUACGAGUAAAAACAAAGAUGAAACACAAUUUUUAAGGUUUACAAAUUCUCAACGUAUGUUUCUUUUCUUUCUGUGCGUUUUAUACUAAUAUUAUACUGGAUAGCAGUUGAAGCAAAGAGCUCUAAAAAGUAUUAUAGUAUACAUAGUAUAUUUGUUUGAGGUUUUUUCGCCAGAGGGUUUUGUGGUGUGAUUUAUAAGGUCACUUAAUUUUGGAGCUUUAUUUUUAUUAACUUAUUUCGAUUUUCAAAAUGAAUAUUGUUUUAGGUUACUCAGAUUUUCGCAAAGCAGUAAAACUGUGCCAGAUGGGUGUAAAGCCACUAAUAGAGAAGAAAAAAGAAGAUAAUGAGUUUUCUGAUAGGACAGAAGAGAACUCGGCCGAGGUUUAUUUUCAUUUUUAUGGUUUGUUACAUCAACAACAGAAUAUGCUACAAGAUUAUGUGAGGACAUCAACAUAUCAAAAUGCAUUUUUAUGGAAUUGUGGGGAUUUUGAAAAUAAAGUGGUGCUGGAUGUUGGAGCUGGUACUGGGAUCUUGUCGUUCUUUGCUGUUCAAGCUGGGGCCAAGAAGGUUUACGCAGUCGAGGCCAGUUCCAUGGCUACUCAUUGUCAGGUAAGACUAUACUUUUGUUUUUUAUUUUUCGGUUUAGGAGCUAAUAAGGACAAAUAACAUGGGAGACAAAAUAACAUUAAUACCAGGGAAGAUAGAAGAAGUUAAUGUACCAGAAGGUGUGGAUAUUAUAAUAUCAGAACCUAUGGGUUAUAUGUUGGUUAAUGAGAGAAUGCUGGAGAGUUUUGUGUACGCUAGAAAGUUUUUAAAACCAAAUGGUAUGUUUUUUGUAAUUCAUGAUUUUUUGUCUAGUAGAGUUUUACCGUGCAGAUUAUUUUUGAAUUAUUUGGAACUUUGUAGUAAUUUUAAAUACCAGAUACUGUAAAAUAGAACAGAAUGAUAAUGUAAAUAUUUUAGGGCGUAUGUUUCCAACCAGGAGUAACAUGUACUUCUCGUUAUUCAGUGAUGAGAUGUUGUACCAAGAAACUGUUCAAAGAUGUACUUUUUGGCAUCAUGAACACUUUUACGGAGUAAAUCUAAGCGGUUUAAAGACACAGGCGUAUAUAGAGAACUUUAAGCAGCCUAUUGUGGUAUGUUUUUUAUUUUUAUGCUUAUGCUCCUAUAAGAUGCAUUUACUUUCUAAAACGAAAGUAUAUUGUUUUAGGACAAUUGGCCGGCAAGUAUAGUAUGUUCGGAUGUGUUGAUAUGGCCAUAUGAUUUUGAGAAAGAUUCGGUAGAAAAACUACACAAAAUUGACAUCCCAUUUUCAUUUGAAGCUACGAGGACGGCGUAUGUGCAUGGAAUAGCAUCUUGGUUUGAUGUUACUUUUUCUGGCACAACGUAGGUUAAUAUAUUAAGGGUGUAUACAUGUUGAUUCGUUGACAUUUCAUGUGUUUUCGACUAAAGUGAUAUUAAUGAUUUUAUAAAAUUACAAUUUUUAUUUUAAAAAAGUUUUUUUAGAUGUUGGAACUGAAGUUUAUUUUUUGAAUAGCGUAUUGUACAGUAUUUUUAAGUGUAAGAUUUAUUUUUAGAAAAGAAGUCAAAUUAGCAACAGGCCCAAGUGAUCCGCCCACCCACUGGUAUCAGGUUAGAUGUCUCUUCGGAGACCCAAUCCUUCUGCGACAAGGCGAGAAGGCGGUCGGUCGACUUUUAAUGGAGGCCAAUCAAAGACUCAGUUAUGACAUUGAAUUGACAGUUCAAAUAAACGGCCAAUGCAGGAGAAACACGUUGGAUCUUAAGAAUCCCCAUUUCAGAUACAAUUCAAUGGGUACCACUCAGAUGGAACCAGUCGAAGUGGUGCCGGCACCAGAACCGCCACUUUCUGGGGCGAUGAGUUUUGAGAACAUUAAUGGCGAUGUUAAGGUUGAUUAG